AUGGCUCUGGAAGCAAUGGCUCUGGAAGCAACGGCUCUGGAAGCAACGGCUCUGGAAGCAAUGGCUCUGGAAGCAACGGUUCUGGAAGCAACGGCUCUGGAAGCAACAACGGCUCCGGGGGCAGCAAUGGCUCUGGAGGCAGUGGAAGCAGCGGCAGCAACAACAACGGCACAAGCCUGGUCAUCACGGUCACCCCAACAGAGGAUGAAAGCAGCGGCAGUGGUGGUACAGGCACAAGCUCAACCUCCAGCAUCUCGCUUGCAAUUUCUAGCAACGGGGUAUAGCAAGAGUUCUUCUUCAUCUUCUUCUUCGAAAGGUAAGGAGCCCAACGAAAUCGAUACCGACAGCAGCAGCGGCGACAACAAUGGAAGCACCAACACCGGCAGCGGCUCCAGCAUCUAUGUCAGCGAAACAAGCAGCAACAACAACAGCUCCACUACAAACAAAGGCGAUGACAAGGAUGAUGACAAAGAUAAAGAUGGUGAUAGCAAAAGUUCAGACCCUGUGAGCUCGUUGCUCUCGAGUGUUUCGGGCUUGCUGGGUGGGCUUCUCGGACGCUAGGUGAUGCUUGAUAGUUGAGUGUCAUGUCGAUUGUCGCGGAAGAGUAAGUGGUGGCGGUAAUACUACCAUAAGGCGAGAGUGAUAAAAAU